GUUGAUGCACAUCCCAUGAUUUCCCCACGUGUUCUUGGAGACAGCGCAUUGUGAACUUGUGAUUCGUUCUUGGGUGCCAUCUGAUCUUAGCGACAGGCUGUUACGCCCCAAAUGACCGCGGCACUUGGUACUGAAUGGCAUGUUACAGUACCGCGUAGGAGGGGUUCGGCAUCAGAAUGUCAAUCCAAUUGAAAGCGGCGUUCGUGCUAUGUUUUUUGGUGAUUGGAAUUGGAUUAUACACUAUGCGACUCCAGACGGUACUGCCUCUCGCUCUGACCCCUGGUCUCUUUCCCAGCGGCGCUGAUGCUUUCGUCUGGCGGCCCAGCGCGCAAGGCAACAAGAAUGGACUACGAUUGAACCACAUCCAAGUGGUGGGCACUCAUAACUCCUACCACCGCGAAGUGGCCUUGACUGAGCGCAAGGUGCUCGAGCAAUAUAUUUCCGGCUACCAGAAUCUGUACUACUCCCACUCGUCAUUCUCGAACCAGCUCAACUAUCAGCAAGUCCGCUCAUUAGAGAUUGACCUACACUCCGAUGAACGAGGCGGACUCUACGCUGAUCCUUUGAUAUGGAAGUUAUCAAAUCUCACGAGUGGGCCUAAUGGCACUGCGCCCUACGACAAUACUGUCAUGAUGAAGCCAGGGUUGAAGGUCUUCCACAUGACAGACGUGGAUACAAACUCCGUCUGUCACACUUUCACAGACUGUCUCACUCAGCUCAAGGCGUGGUCCGAUGCUCAUCCGAACCAUCUACCACUCACCUUUGACCUAGAACUCAAGACCGACAGUUUUGCUGCGAUAUUGGGAGGCUCCAGUGAUGAAGAAGCCACAAACUUCACCUUACCUCGAAUCCUGAACGUAGACAAAGAAAUCCGCGCAGUCCUCCCCCGCGAGAAGCUCAUCAUCCCCGACGAUAUCCGCAAAUCUGGCAUGACCCUCGAAGCAAGCGUGCUGAAGUACGGCUGGCCUACACUCCAGGCAUCCCGAGGUAAAUUCCUCUUCUUCUUCGACAACGACCCGUCGAAUGUCACCACCGAUAUUCGAACACUCUAUCGCUCCGACGGCCACGAGUCCCUACAAAACCGCACCGUCUUCACGAAUGCCGUCGAGGGCGACUCCGAUUGCGCGUUCCUCAAACAUAACAAUCCGGAUAUUCGAGCCAUUCAACGUCUCGUACGCAAAGGCUAUCUCGUGCGGACCAGAGCCGACGAACCCAUUACGACCAUCAUCAAUCGAAAUUUAACGAUGCGGGAGGAUGCUUUUGCGAGCGCUGCGCAGAUUGUGUCGACAGAUUGGCCUGCUUAUGGGAUGAGUGCGAGAUGGGAUCGAGAUUAUGCUGUGCAGCUGGGUAAGGGGAGAGUGGCGAGGUGUAAUCCUGUUUCGGCGCCGAUGUGGUGUAGGGAUGAGAUGGUGCAGGACUGA